ACAAUAUAAACGUCUGCAACUCCCCUCAAAAAAAAAAAAAAAAAAAAAAUAUAAACGUCUGCAACUUGUUUCACCUCUUCUCUUUGUUUCACCUGAUUGAAGCUCCGAUCUUUCCAUUUUUAGAAAAUUCCGGGGAGUUUACAACCGUCCCUUCUCUUCUCUCUCUCUCUUUCUCCUUGUUCCCUUCCCAGAUCAGAAAAACCCUAAUUUAUCAUAAAAAUCGUCAAUUUCUAGUACUGAAAUCGCAAAUUGUUCGAAAUUCAUUGAAUCGAUAGGAGAAUCAUGUCCUCCUAAUCGCUAUUGAAGCUUAAUUAAAGGUGACAAAUGAUUUUAUCGCCCUAUGUUUUUCUUCCCGAUUUUCAUAGAUUAAAGCCUUGAUCAAUGAUAUUAUUUGUGAUGAUGUUCUUGAGAAGAUCUACUACACAAGCCGAGUUGGAUGCUUUUUAUCCGGUUAGACUAGAGUGCCAAGAAAGUGUUCCAAAGCCUCGAUUCAAGCUUAGGACAGGAAAAACCCUAAGUGCAAGGAGGUGGCAUGCUUCAUUUUCUGAAGAGGGUCAGUUGGACAUUGCAAAAGUACUAAGAAGGAUUCAACGUGGGGGUGUUCAUCCGUCUAUCCGAGGUGCUGUCUGGGAGUUUUUGCUUGGCUGUUACGGUCCAAAUAGUACGUUUGAUGACCGAAGUCUAAUCAGACAACGCCGCAGAGAGCAGUAUGAUGAAUGGAAAUCAGAGUGUCAAAAGAUGGUACCUGUUGUUGGUAGUGGAAAGUUUCUUACGACACCUAUCGUUACUGAUGAUGGACAACCAAUAGAAGACACCCCGGGCACACAUGGUGAUCAACAAGGGAAUCAGGAUCCUGCUUUUGAGAAGAAAGUGAUACAAUGGAAGCAGGUUUUACCUCAAAUAGGUCUGGAUGUAGUACGAACAGAUCAGCCACUUGUCUUUUAUCAGACGGAAAGUAACCAGGCAAAACUCUGGAAUGUUCUCUCUAUAUACGCUUGGGUGGACAGUGACAUUAGUUAUGUUCAAGGAAUGAAUGAUAUUUGUUCUCCAAUGGUAAUACUUCUUGAAAAUGAAGCAGACGCGUAUUGGUGCUUUGAGCGUGCUAUGCGUAGAUUGAGGGAUAAUUUCAAGACAACUUCAACUUCAAUUGGAGUGCAAGCUCGACUGACUACACUUUCAGCAAUAAUCAAAGUUAUUGAUCCUAAACUGCACCAACACCUUGAGGAAUUAGAUGGAGGAGAGUACCUGUUUGCAUUUCGUAUGCUGAUGGUACUUUUCAGAAGAGAAUUCUCAUUCAUGGAUGCUUUGUAUCUUUGGGAGUUGAUGUGGGCCAUGGAAUACAACCCAAACACAUUCUUGUUAUAUGAAACCAGCGCAGCGGCAGAAACAACAGCUAAUGUAAGUGAGAAGUUGCUGAGGCAGUAUGGGAAAUAUGAGAGGAACAAUGUAAGAACAGGGUGCAACGAUUACCAGAGUGCGUUAGCUGUUUUUCUUGCUGCAAGCAUCCUUGAGAACAAGCACAAACGUAUCUUAAAGGAAGCGAAAGGUCUUGAUGAUGUUGUGGAGAUUCUGGGGGACGUCACAGGGAAUAUAGAUGCAAAGAAAGCGUGUAAAGAGGCAUUAAACAUACAGAGAAAGUUUCUAAAAAAGGCUCAGCAGCAAUCAUAAUGAGAUCUCGCUGUAACUUCACUUCGUCAGAAAACGAAGGAAUGAUUUUUCGUGAUGCAUAAUUCCCAUCAUUGACCACCCUGUUGCAGAAAAUCAUGUACAUUGUGCUGGAUCAGUCGUAGAACCGAAGGCAAAAGAAAUGUUUGCCUGAUUGUAUGUAACACCAUUGCUGCACCCUUUUGUUGGGGGGGGGGGUGUUAGAGACAAGCUGAAUAUAGCCCUUAUGUGUUAUUCAUUUGUUGUGAUUUAUGUUCUAGAUUGUAACAAUCCCAUAAUUUUUGAAGCUUUGGAAAAAAUGAAAAGAAAGAUGUAAUUUUUUUCUUUUAAGCAAAGUUCAGUUUUUUAUU